AUGUCGCAAGCGCGAGAGGGCAACGGGUCUUUCAAUCCGGCUUCUCCCCACUCAUCGGCCGGUGGUGCCGACUCGUAUAAGCACGAGGGCACUCCGGAUACCCGACUCACUGCCUUUUCGCCGGAGGACAGCUCAGCCAAAUCAAACAAGGCGUUAACUACCAUCAAUGUGCUUGGUUCAAAUCACACCUCCCACGCCCAUGGCCAGGGUGAAGAGACCAAUGGUGCCAACCCCUCCGCAACCGCCGCAGAGAAAGAUCCCUUCGUCUCCAACAAUGCCAUCGUCAAGCAGGAGCAGAAGCUGUCGCCCACUGCUUCAGCCUUUCGCCCUGACUCUGUUCCCAUUGUGGCCCGCGGCUCUUUGGGCGGCCCGACUAACCUAACUGUUGGCCCGGUUGCGAACCGCCAGCUGUUGGCACUCCCCUCUAUUCCAAAGUUCAGUCAUGAGUUGGGUAUCUCUCGUUAUAUUGUUAUCUACUCGCUCUCCCGUCCUAUUUCAAUCUCAGAGAUUGAGGUUCAUCUCAAGAAAUUGGAGAAGUUUGGUCUCCCACGUAAGGGUAGACGUAACUUCGUUCAGAAGGAGGGCAGAGUCUAUCUUCGUCUCACCCAUAUCAAGGAUGCAUGCAACCAUACCGAAGCCAUCAGAACUGAGGCUCCUGAGUACCGUUUGGAGUACAUCACUGCCGCCGAUUUCCACAAGGCUUGUGAUUCAGCCUCCACUGACAUUGAAAAUGUUGGUGAUGGCCAGAUUCUGAUUACUGCCUUCGGUCAGGCCGCCAAUAUGGGCACACCUCACGUUGAGACCGUUGUUCAGACGUUCCUAGAAACUCAGGGAGAGGUGUUCGCCCUUCACCGCCAAAGCGACGUAAAUGAAUACGCCUUUCGUGCUCUGGUCGAGUUCUGUGAUGCCGAUGUCGCCAUGACCGUGGUUCAGAAGUUCAACAAAGCCACGCUCGGGGGAGUUCAUUUGAUUCUUGCACACCACCAGGCAGGCGCCAAUCCCUCAUCGACCGUAGCACAGCCUAUGGAUGGCUACUCGGUCGCUCGGGGUCCGGUUCAGAACAUUGCCAGCAUCUUACACGGCAUGGGCCCUCCGGACCUCACUCACAUGGCCAACCCUCUGUUUACGGCCAACCCUCUCACUCACUCUGCCAUCGGUUUUCAUGGCGCUCAGCAGCCGAUUCCCAUGUAUCCUGUCCUUUAUCGCAACCCGGUUCCGGCUUCUAGGGGUCUUAUGCUCGACCAGACUCCAACUCGCGGCCAAGGAUUAGGUGUGAUGAAUCCUCUCAGCUCCAUGGCAACGGGCACACAGCUUAUGAGUCCGGUGUACGCCACUCCGCCAUCAACUCCGAUCACAUCAGUUCACAGCAAUUUCACAAGCCCCAGGAGCCUCCAGUCCUACGGCCGCCUUGAGAACCGCCGCCAACAUGCCAUGCGUAUUCCCCGGUCCCCGUAUUACAACCACAAUAACAACCACAACGUGGUUGAUGUGAACCGCAUUCGGGAGGGCAUCGAUGUCCGGACAACAAUCAUGUUGCGCAACAUCCCCAACAAGGUGGAUCAGGCCAUGUUGAAGCAAAUUGUGGAUGAAUCCAGCUGGGGCAAGUACGAUUUCAUGUAUCUUCGCAUUGAUUUCGCCAAUGACUGCAACGUUGGUUAUGCGUUCAUCAACUUUGUGGAUCCACUGGACAUUAUAGAUUUUGUGAACGCACGGGGCAACCAGCGCUGGAACUGCUUUAAGAGCGACAAGGUAGCGGAGAUCUCGUAUGCCACCAUACAGGGGAAGGAUUGUCUUGUCCAGAAGUUCCGUAACAGCUCCGUUAUGUUGGAAGCACCUCACUACCGGCCUAAGCUCUAUUAUACCAUCAACGGGCCCAAGCCUGAACUGGCCGGUCAGGAGGAGCCUUUCCCCCCGCCUGACAACCCGUCCAAGAUGAAGCGUAGCUGCGAGAAUGCCGAACAUGUUGGUCUCUUCACCCCGAAUGCGGGCCAGCACUUCCGCGAUGAGCAACGUCGCCGCCGUUCUCAGUUUGACCGCGGCACCAGGCUUGCAGCUCUCGAAGAGUUCGACUAUGAAGCCAACAGACGCGCUGGGGGCUUCUUCGGUCCCCAGUAA